UGCCGGCCUCAAGCGGAGAAGUGAAAAAGAGCCCGCUCGGCGGAGCAUAAGUUUCCACGCGUGGAACAUAUUUUCUGCUGUCGUGCGGGUCCUUUGUCCACUUUGCCGUUUUCAUUGACUUUUGUUUAAAAAUAAGAUUUACCAAUAGUUUGACGUUUUUUUGUUCUGGACGAGAGGCUCAGCAUCUUCUGCUCACUUUGGCAGCUUCAAAGACAGGACUCAUCUUCAUCGGAGGAUCCAGUAGACCAUCAUCAUCCUCAUCCCGUCCAUCGCCAGUGUUCGAUGGCGGACCGGCUGCGGUCGGCGUCGUCUCCCGGGCUGGGUAGUGAGCCUCUGGCGCUGGUGCAGCUUCAGGAAGUGGACUCCAGCGAGACCUCGGCGCUCCACAGCUCGCCGCUGCCCACGCCCGCUAUCUACAGCCCGCCGGUGGGCCUCAACGGUGGCCACGUGGUGUGUGUCAGCUCGCCUUACGCCGACGGCGACCACGAGUACGGGCACGCCACCCUGGCCUUCUACGGCUCUUCGGCGCUGAGUUACGGUCAAGCGCCUGCCGAAAAUGCGCCGUCAGCCUUCUGGUCCGAGCCGCCGCUUGCCGUGCGCCGCCCCCCGUGUUUCGCUCAUGGCCACGCCGCCCCCCACUUGAUGGAGUCCAAAGCCCCGGGUGCCAACAGCGGCGUCCUGGCUUGUUCCAAAAUAAUGGCCAAGAGAUCCGAGGGCGGCGUGUGCUGCAGCGGCGCCAAGUCCGAUACGCACUUCUGCGCCGUGUGCCACGACUACGCUUCGGGAUAUCACUACGGAGUUUGGUCCUGCGAGGGCUGCAAGGCUUUCUUCAAGAGGAGCAUUCAAGGACACAACGAUUACAUCUGUCCUGCCACCAACCAGUGCACCAUCGACAAGAACCGCCGCAAAAGUUGCCAGGCCUGCCGCCUGCGCAAAUGCUAUGAAGUUGGCAUGAUGAAGUUUGGCGUGAGGCGCGAGCGCUGCAGCUACCGCGGCGUCCGCCAACACCGCCGGGGGACGCCGCAGCCCCGGGUUCUGGCGCGGGCGGGUGUGGGGCCGGCGGCCCGGGCCGGGCGCCACGUGCACCCGGAGGCCCCGCUCGCCCCCCAGAUGAGCCCCGAGGAGUUCAUCGCACGAAUCGUGGAGGCGGAACCGCCUGACAUCUACCUGAUGGAGGAGCUGAAGAAGCCGUUCACCGAGGCCAGCAUGAUGACGUCGCUCACCAACCUGGCCGACAAGGAGCUGGUCCUCAUGAUCAGCUGGGCCAAGAAGAUACCAGGUUUUGUGGAGCUGAGUCUGUGCGACCAGAUCCAGUUGCUGAAGUGCUGCUGGCUGGAGAUCCUCAUGUUGGGUCUCAUGUGGCGAUCGGUCGACCAUCCUGGGAAGCUCAUCUUCUCACCUGACUUCAAAGUCAACAGGGAGGAGGGCGAGUGUGUGGAGGGCAUCACGGAGAUCUUUGACAUGUUGCUGGCGGCAACGUCCCGAUUCAGAGAACUCAAACUUCAACGUGAAGAAUAUGUCUGCCUGAAGGCCAUGAUCCUCCUCAACUCAAACAUUUGCACGAAUUCUCCUCAGACAGCAGAAGAAUUUGCCAGCAGGAAGAAACUUUUGCGUCUUUUGGACCUUGUGAUAGACGCUCUGGUCUGGUCCAUUUCUAAGUCGGGCCUGAGUAGCAAGCAGCAGACGCUGCGCCUCGGACACCUCACCAUGCUCCUGUCUCACAUCCGACAUGUCAGCAACAAGGGCAUGGACCAUCUGUCCAACAUGAAGCGGAAGAACGUGGUCUUGGUCUAUGACCUCCUCCUGGAGAUGUUGGAAGCCAACACGUCGGGCGGCUCGCAGAUGUCCGGCGUCACGGCGUCGGACGCGUACGGCCGACGCUUGGUCUGCCGCACGACUGAAUUGCCCUCCGCCGGACACGCCAGGCACCCCAAGAUGGCGCUCGCUCACGUGAGCGACGGCAUCCCGUGGUGAGUCGGCGGAGCUGUCCUGUGUCGUGGGGAAAGGAAGGUGGCCGCUUUCACUGUCUGUCUCCACCUCAAAACUCAAAACUUCAUGGCAAACCUGGUGCUGACUUGCAUGACACAUUUUACUUGCUCUUUCAAGCAACAGCCGGAACAAACUUUGCACUUCAUUUGUAACGGCUAAAUUCAAAUUACUGACCCAUUGGAACACAAAAGGCCAAUUUUGGCCUUCAUGUUAUCUGAGAAUUUUGCAGUUUUGAACUUUUAAUCGGCGUCUUUGCUUGUGGAACUUGUUGAAAGUGGGUCACUUUGUAUAGUUGUCAUCGCUUUUCCUACCGCUCGUAGUCUGUGCAUGCUAAGUCCUGUUCUUUGCAAUACUUAAGCGCACCCCACUGAUGAUGCCUUUAUUGAAAGUGUUUUCGUACAUUUGUUCCAGAAAUCAAAGUGUAGCCAAAUAAACAGUGCACACUUGA